AUGGAGGACGGGCCCAAACUUCUCCCUCAGUGGCUUCGUGGUAGUUCAUCAGCUCUUCACCAUCGAGGCGAUAUCUCUGACGCCAGCAAGCGAGGCAAACCUGCUGGUGGCUUCGACGCUAGCGCGCGCUCAGCCGCGCCACCCGAUCCCUGGCUCGCCAGAGGCGGUUCCAGUGCCGCUUUGAACGGUGCCAUCAGUGCCGCACCCUUGAAAAGUCAGUCUGACUUUGGCCGUAUCCCGGACCGCGGCAGUCUUUCUGAACGGUCUUGGAAACCCCGCGACAACGGCUACCCGAACACCGGCGGUCGUUCGGGAUACGUCCCCGCUGGGCUGAGACACAGCAGCCGAGAUGACCGGGAUGGCAUCUCUCUAAAGCCAGGCGGGGGGUACAGCGCCGGCCGCGCGUAUGGCCGAUCCGGCGAAUCGGAGGGCGGUGGCAGUGGCGGUGGCGCGCGCUCGGAGCGGGGACAGGACCAUUGGCAGCCGGCUCGCACAGCAUCGGCGAGUGCGUCGGCGGGUAACGGAGGAGGUGGAGGCGGACGGGGGAAUGAUGACGCCCGGUCUCCGCUGCGAACCAGUGGCCUGGCGACUAGCAAUGGCAGCAUGGCAGGUGUAGCUGCGGUGCCAUCCAAGGCCUCCUUUGAAGCCGACUUUCCUUCUCUGCGCCCUUCAUCGGCGUCUGGCUCUGCCAGCUCUCCGGGCCCGCCGCAUGGCAAUGCCGUACAGUCAGCGGCUACCACGACGUCAGCGCCAUUAACGAGUGGCACCGGCGCCGCCGCUGCCGCCGCCACAGCAACCGCGUCAUCUCUCUUGGACACUGCCAACUCCCCUGCCACACUGCCUCCCUACCGCAAGACAUUUCUGUCGUCCCGUACCAGCUCCAACUGGACAUCAAAGCUGGCGGAGGCGCCCGCUGCACCCAGCGCCGGGCCCAGUCCAGCCCAGCCAGUACCUGUCAUCGUUCUCACAGAGGAUGAUGCUCUAACGCCGGAAGCUGUGGCUUGCACGCAGUCGGCAUCGCCGCCUCCUCUGGCGCCGGCAACUGUGGGGUUGACAGCUGGCAGCACGGCGGCGCCAGCGCCUGCACCCGCGCCGGCGGCGCCUGUGCCGGUGCCGGUAGUGCCGCCGCGGCCCUCCGGGGUCUGGGGUACGACAUCUUCAGCGGCGGCCGUGGCGGCGGCGGCUGACUCUGGCCAUGGGAGCAUUGCCGGUGCCGGGGCGCCUGUUGUUAACCGGACGCGGCUGGACAACCUGGCUAUGCGGCAAUCGAAGCAGCUCAUACCGGUCAUUAGUUCUGGGUCGGGGAAGUCCAAGGCUGUUGGCGGCUUGGGCGUGGCGGCUGGGGGAACCCCGGUGGGCGGGCUGGGUGGGACGGGGCCACGGGCACCAGGAGGCGCUCCGAAGCCCCCGCCUAUUGUGCCAACGGGGGCCCUCCUAAAGAUGUCGACGGUGAAGCGGGACGACGCGGUGCCGGGGCCAGGUACCUCCGGGCCCGGGGCCCGGGUGCUCGGGUCAAGCAACACAGUGAUGUUCUCCAAGAAGGCCUCUCAGCCGCUGGACCGACCGCUGGCCCUGGCGCGUACGUCGUCGUCGUCGUCGUCGUCACCCAACCCGGCGCUGGCGCAGGCCUCGGCAGGUGUGGCCGUGGUGCCGAGUACAGGGGCAUGUGGUAGCAGCCUCGGUAACGGGAUCAUCGGUGGCGCGGUGCCAUGCGCUCCAUGUACGGGUCUCGACACCGCCGAUGAAGGCAGCAACACGUUGAAGGAGCCGCCGCUGCCAGCCGCAGCGGUGGUGGUGGCCGCGGCGGCUGACGAGCUGGGUGAGCUACCGGUGACCGCGAACACGAUGCCCGCGCAGUUGUCUCUGCCACAGCAGACGCAGCCGGUAGGGGUGCUUCCCCAGCGGGCUUCCAGCGCACCGCAUCCGGCGCUGCAUGUUUCGGAGGAAGAGGAGGCCUUCCUGCGGUCGCUGGGAUGGACGGGAUUCGACGAAGAGGAUGGGGAUGGUGAGGACACGGGCCUGACGGAGGAGGAAAUUGCUGCAUUCCGCGCACAGCAGCAGCGGCAGCAAGCAGCCGCUGCGUCGGUGGGGUCACUGUCGGCGGCUGCCGCUGCCGGGCCCAAAGCGGUUCCGGGAAUAGCGGCACGCCGGCGGGGCAAGGCACUGAUUGUGGCGGCGAGCUACGGCAGUGAGCAGGUCUCCAGCUCGUCUGAUUCAGAUUCUGAAUGCUAA